CAGAUUUCUGUCAUAAAAUGUAAUGUCUAGUCAUCAGCUGCUCACAGACUAUAAGAUUUUAUUCAAUAAAUAGCUUUGGAAGAGGCGCUAAAAUGGAGUAUUGUCCGCCGAAUGUAACUUUAAGUGAAAUAUGGAUAGACCAUGGUAUAUCACAGUGUUUUAUGGAGACGGUGUCAGCUGCAAUAAUAGGUGGAUUUCUACUUGUAUUUGGGAUAAUACAAGUUGUUAUGUACAAAAGAUAUGCUACAGAAGUAGUAGAUGUUAGAUCAUCAAAAUUAUUUUAUGUCCAGUUAUUUUUCACGCUAUUCGUACCUGUAUUGGCUGUUCUAAGGUUCCUUUUACAGGCCUUUGUUUUCAAAGGAGGACAUCUCUAUGGAUAUAUGAUAUUAGCUCUAGUGGUGAAUCUAGUUGUAUUUCCACUAUCAGCGCAUUUGGCUGUGAUUGAAAGACGGUAUCUAUUACCGUCGGUUCCACCGAGGGGCCAUGGAUUCGUGUUACUCGUAUUUUGGGCUAUGAUCUUUGUAUCCGAGAAUUUGUCGUUCUUAAAUAUCAAUAAGGAAGGAUGGUGGUGGCACUUGAAAGAUCUUCAAGACCGUUUGGAAAUGUCACUUUUCGUCGGUCGUUACAUUUCAUGCAUGAUAAUGUUUAUACUUGGAAUGAAAGCGCCUGGAAUUAUGCACCAGUUUGAAUACCUCGAAAGUGAUGAUAUAAACCGUAGGAAUGUACCACCGAGGGAUGAAAAUAGAUCGACGUUUCGUAAUGUAUUUGGGAAACUUCGCACCCUAUUGCCUUUCCUCUGGCCGAAGAAAAGCGCGUGCUUACAAAUAUACGUACUGAUUUGUGUACUGGCUUUGCUCGCUGGACGCGUGAUCAACUUGUAUGUACCUAUAUAUAAUAAGAGAAUUGUGGACAGUGUCUCUAUACCGCCGCUGUAUUUCCGAUGGGACCUCGUCGUUAUAUACGUAUUUUUCAAGUUCUUACAAGGCGGCGGUACGGGUGGCAUGGGACUACUUAACAACCUUAGAUCAUUCUUGUGGAUAAGAGUACAACAGUAUACUACGAGGGAACUACAGUUAGAACUGUUCCGACACUUACACGAUUUGCCCCUAAAAUGGCACUUAUCAAGAAAAACCGGUGAAGUAUUACGCGUGAUGGACAGGGGUACUGAUUCUAUAGACAAUUUGCUGUCAUACAUUCUGUUCUCGAUAACACCGACCAUUGUGGACAUAAUAGUGGCUGUUGUCUACUUCAUAACGGCGUUCAAUGUGUGGUUUGGGCUCAUUGUUUUCUCAACAAUGGUGCUUUACAUAAUCGCAACAAUAGCAGUAACGGAAUGGCGAACCAAGUUUCAGCGAAGGAUGAACUUAGCGGACAACGAGCAAAAGGCUCGUUCUGUUGAUUCCCUUCUGAACUACGAAACUGUUAAAUAUUACGGCGCGGAAUCGUACGAAGUGGUUUCUUAUCGGGAAGCCAUUUUAAAUUAUCAAAAAGAAGAAUUUAAUUCCCUUAUCACUCUCAACAUGCUGAAUACAAUGCAGAAUAUCAUUAUCUGUGCAGGAUUGCUGGCCGGGUCAUUGCUAGCGAUAUCAAUGGUUGUCCGUACAUAUGAGUUAACAGUUGGAGACUAUGUUCUAUUUGCGUCGUAUAUCGUGCAACUGUAUGUUCCCUUAAAUUGGUUCGGGACUUACUAUAGGGCGAUACAGAAGAACUUCGUGGACAUGGAGAACAUGUUCGACCUGAUGCGCGUGGACUCGGACGUGCGCGACGCGGCGGGCGCGCCCGAGCUGCUGGUGCGGCGCGGCGGGCUCGAGUUCAAGCACGUGUCUUUCGGCUACGGGCCCGAGCGCCUCGUGCUCAACAACGUCAGCUUCAAGGUGGCGCCCGGCUCCACCGUCGCGCUGGUGGGUCCGAGUGGUGCCGGCAAGUCGACAGUGAUGCGGCUGCUGUUCCGCUUCUACGACGUGAACGAGGGCGCCGUGCUGGUGGACGGGCAGGACGUGCGCACCGUGACGCAGGCCAGCCUGCGCGCCGCCAUCGGCGUCGUGCCGCAGGACACCGUGCUCUUCAACAACACCGUGCGAUACAACAUAAAAUACGGAAAACUGAAUGCCUCAUCAGCAGACAUAAUCGCAGCAGCGAAGAACGCCGACAUCCACGACAGAAUAUUAACAUUCCCCGAUGCAUAUGAUACACAGGUCGGUGAAAGAGGACUGCGUCUAAGUGGGGGCGAAAAACAGAGGAUAGCAAUUGCUCGAACAAUUCUCAAAGAUCCAGCUAUCGUUCUUCUUGAUGAAGCUACUUCAGCAUUGGAUACCAAUACAGAAAGGAACAUACAGGCUGCGUUAGCACGAGUCUGCGCGAAUAGAACAACAUUAAUAAUAGCACACAGGUUGUCGACGAUCGUGCACGCAGAUGAAAUUCUUGUACUUAAAGAUGGAGAAAUUAUUGAAAGAGGAGAUCACGAAACACUAUUAUCACAAGGGGGCUUUUACGCGUCUAUGUGGCAGCAACAACUCGAAUCUAGAAACAGUAACAAUGGCAACAAUGGAACAAACACUGAAGGCAAUAACAACAACAGCACACCCAGUCAACCGAACGGUUUGACCAUGUUCGGACAUGGGCACGGUAACGGCCAGUAAACUGACGUUAGGGUAUGAUUUAUUAUGGGGUGCUAUAAAUAAAUCUUGUUGGAUCAAAAAACGAAUACUUAUCUUUUUUUUUGGAUUAUGUGGAUAUGGUUUGGAGCGUUCCGAAUACAUUUUAUUUGAUUUUGAAUAUUUUUAAUAGUAACAAAAGCACAGUAAACGUUAAGAAUUGUGUAUACCAUUUUUCGUUUAAAUGAAUACUUUAAUAUAAACUUAUACUUAUGAUAGUAAGACCAGUGUACAUGUUUUGUAUAGAUGUUUAUCGAAAAUAGCUGUAACAUUGUUGAUUGUUGUUGAUGGGGACGACGUAUAUUUUAUUGACUAAAUCGAACUUAUGGUAUAAAUCUCACUAGUCCACAUUUUGCACAUGACAUAGUCCAUUAAACAAUAGAUUGCUUAAAUAUAUAUUAACAUGUAAACGAUUAUUUGAUAUAUGAAACAAGCAUAUUUGGACAAAAUACACAAAUUUCACAUGUCAUUAUAUUCAUUAAAACAUUGUAACAUUGUGUGAAUUAGAACAGAAUAACGUAAACUUUAAAAUAAAGUUAUGUCGAAUAAUUGACAGUUGCGGUUUUUGUUCUAGUUUGAAAAUGAGAUAUUUUUUUAUCAAUCUCUAUACAUGGACAUUCAUGGGAGUUGUAGACCAAAAAUAUGGUCAAUUUAGAUUUAGAAUCAGAAUAUUUAUCUUUUCCAGGCCAUAUUUUUGAUUUCAUAGUUCUGUCUUGCUAUACAUAGAUACUUCAUACCGGUGUGUAUGGAUUGCACCAUUAUUGACUGACGAUUGUACGUGUGCUACAAUGUGUGAUAUGUAUGAGUUUGUACAUGAAUAGAAAAUAGAAUAAAAUCAAUUCAAUUUACUUAUAAAGAGUGAAUAACCUAAGCCGGCGUGGAUUAAAAAUUCAUGGAAUAGCUAUAUAUAUAUAUAGUCAUGUGACUCUUGAGGCUAACUUUAAUCGUGAAUAUUGAAACUUGCAAAUGCUUUGUAAGAUUCUUAUCAUAAUUAUAUCAUAAAUAAUAUCGUUUGAUAAAAAUGAUUCGAGUAUUGCUAUAAAGGGCCAAUUUUUGGAAAGUAGUAUUAUUUGUUUUAUUAGUAGUAUUUGUUUUGUGUUCUUUAUUUGAAACGAAUAAUAGGAUUACAAUUUUAAGGCCUGGUUCACGGGUUGCUAAUAAAACUACCUGAAGCUCUUAGAACCGUCUCAAAGAAAAUUAUCGAAAACCUAAAGAAGUUGUUUAAAAUGAAAAUGUAUAUCGCAUUUUCGCGUGUUUUAUCGUUAUUUUCGUUUCUGCUUCCGUCAUCCACGCUCUCUUGAAACAUUACUCUGUAUUUUUGAUUGUAUCGUCAUAUUGUCAACGGUUUGUACCUUGUAGUAUUAAAUAUAUGGUGAAGAAAUAAUUUAUGUGCAAUUUCACAAAUAUAAA